AUGGGACCGCGAGGUGAGGAUCGGGAUCUCUGCGCGCUGGCACGCAGCAUGCUAUUCACGAUGAGGGACAAUGACUCGGACGAUUCGGACGAAUCCCAUCUUCCUGAAGGAGACGAUAGUGACGACAACCGCCGCGUAUCCGAAUGUCUCGUGAUUUCGCUUGUGACGCGUUGCUUUAAGAAGUUUUGGGGCACUGCGCUCACACUUUUGCUCAAUGACUUGUCGCCAACUCUCGCGGAAAGGCAAGCAUCGAUUUUGGCAACAUCAGGUAGCUCAUCUUCUUCGGCCUCGACUUCACAGGGAGUCACGACCUCCUCGUCAGCGGAUGUACGAAGCGCUUUGUUUCUAAAGAGUCGCAUUUUGAACCAGGUUUUGAGCCUGGAAGACAUAGUGCAACUUUCUGAUAGUAGUAGCGAAGAUAGUAGAGACAACAUUUUUCUAGCUGCGCUUAUUCGAGAUCUGAAAAUCACCCCUUUGGACGAAAUGGCCAUCAAAGCUAAUGAUUUAGUUAAGUCCUCUGUACCACCUGAGUUUGCUGAUUUGUUACCCUCCUUACCCGAAAAAUUCAGCAGGAUAAGAAGCAUUUUGAACGGAGAGAAUGAUUUCACAUCCACAUGCUGACUGCAAUUCAUUGCUUGCCACG